AACUUGUCUUUGCAUCCUGUGCUGGGACCAGUUUUAUUGGGGAGGUUUUGUUGUUCUUGCAGGUUCUCUUUAAAAGAAAAAAAAAAAGGGUCUCUCUCUCUUUUGCUCUGUGACUGUUUCCUGCUUGUGCUCUGUGUGUGCGAGAGAGAUAUCAGGAGCAGGAAACAGAAGCUGGAAGAGAAAAGGCGAAAGCAGGCCAGCCAGAGGAGGAGGAGGAGGAGGAGGAGGAGGGAGAGGAAGAAACCUUUGCAAACAUUUCCUGCCGCCCUCUCCUAAAAGCCCCCCCCCCUCUUUUUUUCCUUGCAAAAGGGGAGGUGUGUCCAAGCAGGCUCUAGGCCACGAAAGGUGAUGCCACCACGUGGGAUGCGUUCCGGUUCUGGCUCCGGGCUGAUGCUGCCACGCUUGGUGGUGUGAGGCUGGGCAGUGGGGGAAGGGGGCAGAGAUCAGCUGGAGCUCGGCCAGCAGAAGAGGGCUGAGAGAGAGAGGGAGAGGAAGAAGAAGAAGAAGCAGGGAUGGUGGGGAGGGGAAGAAGGGACUGAAGACUCCCCUCCCCAUCCCGAGCCGAGAAGCGCCUCCAAAGAGCAUUCCCUUCGACUGGCGCCUGCUGCUGAGGAUGGACCCCCGACCGAGCUGGGAGGUGAUCCGGAAGUUGCCAGGCUCCGGCCCUUCUUCCUAAAUGCUCUCCCACUCCAGACCGUGCCAUGGACUCCAUGUUUGAGGAUGACAUCAGCAUCCUUACCCAAGAUGCCUUGGUCCAGGAGGACGAAUGGCUGGACAGCCCCAACACGGACCUCUCUAGCGAGAUGUGCUCCGCCUCCCACUUUGCUCUCAUCACAGCCUACGAUGACAUCAAGAACCGCCUGACCGGGCUUGAGCGUGAGAACGCCUGCCUCAAGCGGAAGCUGAAGAUGUAUGAAAUCAAGUUCCCCCUGAUCAGCGAAUUUGGAGAUGAGCGCAUCUUCUCAGUUUACGACUCCAAGGAGACCUCUCUUCUGAAGAGUGAGAAAGCCAAUCUCCAGCAACAGUUGAAUCAAUUCCAGCGGGAGCUGCAGAAAAGCAAGGAGAGGGACGAGCAGCUGGCAGAAAUGAUCCAAGCCUAUGAGAAGCUUUGUGUGGAGAAAACUGACCUUGAAUCAGAGAUGGGACAGAUGAGAGCGCUGGUCGAGACACAUUUGAAUCGGAUCCAUAGCCUGGAACAGCAGCUGAGGCAGAGAGACAGCAACACGUUCCAGAGCAUGAGCUCUCCACUGCAGACCCAGGACGUGCAGUAUCUCUCACUCCAUGGGGGCCACGUCUUGGAUCGCUCCGUGAACUGGCAGAAUUCCAGAGGCCUAGACCAGGCAGAGGGCUUGGAAAGGCACAGGUUGGAAGCGGAACUGGAGGAUACACGGCAGGAAGUGCAGAAUUCGCAGCACCGAGAAGAGCAGCUGAAGGCAGAAUGUGAGAGGCUGCAGGCGGAAGUCAACCAGCUGCAUGAGACACGGGCUCAGGAUCUUGCAACGAGUCAGUCGGAGAGAGACAUGGCAUGGGUAAAGAAAGUCGGAGAUGACCAGGUGAACCUGGCUCUUGCCUACACGGAGCUGACGGAGGAACUGUGCCGCCUGAGGAGCCUGAGUUCUCUGCAAAGCCAGAUUCUCCGGACACUAAUGCAAGAGCAAGCUGUCAAUGGUGGGCAUCGCCACUCCCCGCAUUCCCAGCGCCACUCUCCUGCUCAACAACGUCGCUCUCCGGCUCCUCAGUGCGCUUCCCCAGCCCAGCAAGGGAGACCGUCCGUCCCACAGUGCCAGUCUCCAGCCUUGCAAAGACGCUCUCCGGCACCCCCCUGCCAAUCUCCUGCCCAUCAACGCCGUUCCCCGGCUCCACCUCCUUGCCAGUCGCCUGCCUCCCAGCGGCGUUCCCCAGCACCGCCACCCAGCCAGUCUCCUGCCCAGCAGCGCUGCUCACCAGCCUCAAACUGCUCUUCCUCCGCCAUCACUUCGCAGCACAGAUCUCCAGGGGGUGAGAGAAGCAUGAUGGAUCUGGGCUAUUCCAAACCGUCCAGCCACCACAUCAAAGCAAGCUUCCAAGGGCGCCGGAGCUAUUCGGAGGUGAGCGAUGCGGCUGUGUACCAGCAGAACUGCUCUCUCUGGCUGCAGCCGGAAGCUUCCACCUUACCAAAGCACCGUCCCUAUGGCGACGUUUAUGCCAGAGACGCCUUCGAAGAGCAUUUGCGCUUCGAGAAGCAAUCCUCGGACGAAGACGACUGGGCCCUCCCAAGUCCCCCCAGCCCUGAAACUGGGGGAAUUCGCUGCGCCUCUUUCUGUGCAGGGUUCCCCAUCCCCGAAGCUUCCACGCACCGGACCGAUGCCUCAUACUCUAGGGCUGAGCAUGCUCAGUCCUGGCCCUCAAUCAAUCUGCUGAUGGAGACAGUGGACUCUGAUAUCCGAAGCUGCCCGCUCUGCCAGGUGGCCUUCCCUAUUGGUUACCCGGACGAUGCUUUGAUAAAACACAUUGACUCCCACCUGGAGAACAGCAAGAUUUGAGGCCUGCACCAUCACCCCUUCUUCUUCUGGCUUCCUUAACAAGACCUGUCCACCUCAACCCACCCCACCCUCCUUGGAUGCUGCAUGAAAAGUGAUGGAGCAACAGGGGCUCUCUCUAAAAUACCUCCAAGUCUCCAGUAGACUGAGCCGCAAAGAGUUUUGCCUCUCCCUCGUCCCCUUCUCUUUGCCUUGGUUUUUUCAAAGUGGGUUUCUUCUCUUUCCUGUUCGGUAUGAGCAGGACCUGCAAUAUGUCUCCAGUGCUUGAACCAGCUGUGGUGGCAGUAGGAGUGGAAAGGUGAAGAAGUAUACAUGGACCAGACUUAGCAGGCUGACCAGCUUGUCCUGGUCUCGAUGUUCCGAACUGAGGUGGCCUCCUUGGAGGCUCUCAUGUCUAUAUGGUUCAGUUUUGAUGUUUCCAGGAGAUCUCAGGGUAGAAUGAGUGAGAAAUCACCUGUGAUUGUAUGUAUCGUUGCACCGUGUGGGGUGGGGUUGGACAGAGCAACUAGAUGGGUGAGCGCCAACCUACUGAGGGAACAGCCCUGCCACUCAGGUGAAAGAAAUCAAAAGGUUUUCUUUCUUGUGCCCAUCUCAAUGCAGGAAUGUCUAAAUGGGACAAAUCCCACCCUGCCUUUUCAAGCUAUUAAGAAGGGCAAUUGGGCCCUACUCCUCAUUGGUUGGUUAUUGGACAGAGAAACCCUCGGCCUCCAACUGGCUGGUUUGAGCGUCGUCGUCUUGGUCUUUUACAUUAAAAGCCCACUUUCUUCUUUUAACGAUGCUGCUGAGAAUUAGAGUCAACCUCCAGAAGUGUAGCAUGGAUGUUCUUACCUUAUUGCACUGGACAUUACAACACAUGAAUGCUCUUUUGCUCCUUUGUACCAGUUUCUCACAGAGUGCGCUGGAGGAGCUGUUCACCGCUAACUUGGGUAAAGCCCCAGAAGCAUCCCUGCCCCGUCCCCGUGUGUGGCUGUCCGUGUUCUCUUUCGGCAACUGUUUUUCCACUUCCCCCACAAGGACCCUCUCACCUUGCUUUAGGUAGUUUGUUCCCGUAUAACCAGACUUGUACUCACCACAUUCUGCAACAUUUAUCUUCUGCAGUGACAGCAUGUUAACAAUGGUUUUUGACAAAGGCAUAAAUGUAAACACCUUUCCUGUAUUGGACAUCCGCUGUUUACCUUUUGAUCUCUCUCUCUCUCUGGCCUUAUCAAUCAUAUCUUUUGCUGUACUGAUCUAAAACGAUGGGCAUGUUCCAGUUGGCCUCUCUCUUUCCGGCCCUGUGGUGCCUCCAUUUUGUGAGAACCGUCUCCUUCAAAUGGCCUGCCCGCACACUGGGCUGUGUCCCAAUAGAGCUGUGCUGUUUUUCUCCUCGUGAGGCCCUUGUCUUCCUAGCUCCAGGUUCUUUAGUAACAAAUGUACAUGUUUAGAUUUAUAGCCUGCCUUAUCCCAAGGGCUCCGGGUGCCCAAGUAGGCUUGGGGCCUUCUGGCUCGUGGUCUAAUUCACAGGGGGACUAGAAGGCGGAGAACAGAAUUAAACACAGACCAUAAAGGUACAGUUGUUGGAUUUCUCACUCCUGUAAUCUCACUCCCUUGUUCCUAUAAAAUCACAGUGGUCUUUCCCAACUCUUAAAAAAACCUCCUACCACUAAGACAUCACUUCCUCUUCAUCUAUACUGUCUCCUGUCAGGGUUGCUCAUUCUGUCUUCCCAUCCAUCUCAUUUGCUUUCUUUGUGUGUGUGUGUGUGUGUGUGUGUGUGUGUGUCUGAAUGCAUUCAUUCUUAAGUCUGAGACCCAUGAACAUCAAAGGGUAGAACUAAAUGCAGCAACAGAUCUCCCCUCCCAAUCCUCAAAUGCAAAUUGCCAACAGACCACUGUAAAGAGAGCAGGCAGUCUCACGAACAGAAGCAACAGGAGGGUUCUGAACCCUUCCUUCGCCCAUCAUGUCCCCCCAAACCCUGAUGUUUUUUGUUGAUGUUUCUGAUUUCUAGCAUCAGCUAAGAGAAAAUCAGCAUGAGGAGAGGAUGGUUGUAGGGUGAAAUAUGGUGAGAGGAUGAAGGGUUCUGCACCCCUCUGUUUUGUUUUGUUUGUUUUUUUGGUUCAAUUGCCUCUUGCUUUACAGCUGUGGCCAAAAUUUGAAGACCCAGAUUUGCAUUCAAGACCCAGAUUUGUUAUUGUCAUCUCGUCUACCAAUGAACACUUGAAACAGCCCAAAAAUGUAACAGAGGUUUGUUUUUUUUAAUAUUUAAGUUUGGUUGGUAUCUCACCAGGUUAAAACCUCCCUGCAAAUAGAAAACAAACAAUUCAAGCCAAGAAACCAUUUCUCCCUGCUGAACUAGUUUUCUGUUUGCCUGGAGUUCUUUUUAAUAUGAAAGAACAUUCAAAGUUGGAAUCUGUCACCUGAAGUGGAAUGAUCUAUUUUAUCCACUUCACGGUUUUACCACCUAAUUCUCCUGUAUGUGAUAAACAGAUUUUUGUGUGGCAACACACACCUGAAUCUCAGGUGAAAAGAAUGGAUUUUUAGGCGGUGUUUGGGUUUGAGAAUCCAAUAUCCUUCACUGCCAUAUCCCAUCUCUGAAGGCCCUCAGAAAGGUAGAACCAGUCCUGGCCCAUGAAAGGAAGGGGGACAGAAAGUUUAUAUAGAUUAAAGUUCAUGAUUGACUGACUCUUCAGGUUGUUCAUCCAUUUUGCAAUCUUCUUCUUCAUUCCUCAUCUCCAAUUAGUUGUCUGAUGAAAACGUUCUCAGCUUGGCAAGACGAGGUAGUUGUGUUGCAAGCUGUCAGCCAUAUGUCCCUAUUCCUUCUCAUAAUCUGAUGUCAACAAAUGAAUUUUGUUCCACUUUUAUCUAGUAAGUAGCUCUAAAGGGAACUUGUGGAGGGAUGUGUGUAAAGCUAUUGUGUGUCUCCUAUUCAGUGCCACGCAGUUGUGCAGGAGAAUUUGCCAGAGGACUGUGUACCCCAUGGGUCUGAUCUGCCUUUCUCCCCCUCUGCUGCCCUUAAUACCCUUCAUCAUCUGCCGCCUGAGGUGGUUACUUCAUUUUGCCUCAUGAUGGGGCUGUUUUGCUCACUGUCAUGUAUUUUAUAACCAAGGACUGUUACACCCCCCCAUUCCACCUCAUGACUAGCACAGAGAACUCAUUUUCAGUGUCUUUGAGUGAGAUGUCACUGCACAGUGGCUUGUUUCUGUCAGAUGGUUGACCACAAAGAUUGUGCAAAUAGUAGCACCCCUACAAAUGCCCCUAAAUCAAAGAGUAUAGAAACUCUCCCAAAGUGCAUAGCAAUUCACUGUAGGCACAUGAACGACUAACCAUAUGGAGGUAUUGAAAGACAGCUACCUACCCAUCAGCCAUAUUGUCCAAACUGUCCCUAACAUACACCCUAAAAAUUAGCCACGGAGAAAUCCCAUCCACAUAAAUCGUAUUAUGUUGCUGAUUACUUGGAAUAUGUUUAGCAAGAACAAGGCCAAGUUCUGCGGAAUGAGGCCGACAAUGCAUCUCUUACAAAUUGUCACUUUUCUUGUUUCUCUAUGUGAAAUCUACCUCAGAGUUAAUGAGAAGGAGUGAUAAACAAGCAAAAAAGGGGGGAAGGGUUGAGUGAUGCGCUUUUAAAAAAAGUGAUUUCAUUUUUAAUCCGUAGCUGAGCAUUUCCUAAGGGCUGAAAUAUUAUCCAGAUUGUUUUCUUUGUCCCAUAGGUUCACCAUAAACAAACAAACAAACAAACAAACAAAUGAAACAUACAUGAAGUGACUAGGGAGGAUUGGCUCAUGAAGUGAUGAGGAAGAUACAAAUCAAGUUGUUUAACGAGAUUUUUCUCAUUUAUCUGAACUUAGUGUAGGUUUAUGUCUGUGAAAGAUCUUGGUUCAAAACUGUCCCCUCUUCCAUGAAUAGACUAAAUGACCCCAGGUAAGGAACAAAAAUGGGCAUGCCCGUUAACCGAUUACCCAGGAGGCCUUGCUGGCAACUGAACCCAGGCACGGCAAUCUUCCUUGUACCAGUGCUUUUGUCUGGAAUCCAUGCCCUAUGAGGAGAGACUUAGGGAGCUGGAUAUGUUUAAUCUGGUGAAGAGAAGGUUAAGAGGUGACAUGAUAGCCAUGUUUAGAUAAUUGAAGGGAUGUCAUG